AUGUCUUCCUUCAUCGUCGACCUGUGGGAGUCCAUAUUCGUCCCCGGCCCCACGCCCACGAUCCUGCGCGCCACCAACGCCAGCUUCGCCGCGCUGCAGGUGACCCUCCUCGCGCUCCUCGUCGCCACCUACAGCGUGCACUUUGUCGUCCUCUCCGUGCUGUCCGCCGGCCUGUGGUGGUCUGUCAACUGGUUCGCCGCCGAGCUGGCGGCCGCCAAGGCCCGCGGGGAGCUCCCAUCGUCCGGCGACCCCGCUGACGAGACCAAGACGGCGGAUGAUGGUGGUGGUGGUCCGACCAAGGACGGCAGCGAUGAUGAAGACACCGAGGUGGAGGGCCGGCCAAAGGGCCGGCAGCGGAAGGGCAGGAAGAGUGCGGGCAAGGGAGGCGGAGGCGUUGCCAGGGUGGCCAAGUCGUCGGCGGAUGUGGAGGCGGUCGAGGCAAAGGGGACGUUGAAGCACAGGGUCGCGGCGUCGCCCGUGUCGGACUCUACGGGCUGCACGUCCCAGUCGAGCGUGAGUACCGAGGAUGAGUGGGAGAAGGUCUCGGAGAAUGAAAACGACAAGACCAAGUGA